AUGGCGACGGCGACCAUGACUAUGCCGCCACCAUCCAAGCCGAAGCAAGCUUCAAAGUUGCCCCCGGAGAAUGAACGGUAUAUGAGAGCUUGUUCGGAUAUUGCCAAUGCUCUGAUUCAGGAUUACGAGUCGCAGGCGGACUAUACGAAACCCAAGAAAGACCUCAACCUCAACCGACUGCGCGGGCAAAUUGCGAAAAAGCAUGCCUUGAGUAAUUUGCCGCCUCUGACGGCCAUCAUCGCCGCCGUCCCAGAACACUAUAAGAAAUACAUUCUUCCUAAGCUGAUUGCCAAACCGAUCAGAACGUCGUCCGGGAUCGCUGUUGUCGCCGUGAUGAGCAAGCCCCACCGUUGUCCGCAUAUCGCGUAUACGGGGAACAUCUGUGUCUAUUGCCCCGGCGGACCCGAUUCCGACUUUGAGUAUUCGACGCAGUCCUACACCGGGUACGAGCCCACCUCCAUGCGUGCGAUCCGAGCACGAUAUGAUCCCUUUGAGCAGGCGCGAGGCCGUGUGGAUCAGAUCAAAUCCCUCGGGCACAGCGUGGAUAAAGUGGAAUAUAUCAUUAUGGGUGGAACGUUUAUGUCGCUUCCCGAGGACUAUCGCGAGUCAUUCAUUGCGCAGUUACACAAUGCGCUGAGUGGAUACCAGACCGACAACGUCGAUGAGGCAGUUCAGGCGGGUGAGAUGAGCAACGUGAAAUGCGUAGGCAUCACAAUCGAAACCCGACCGGAUUACUGCCUGGAUACGCACUUGAGCAGCAUGCUGCGCUACGGAUGCACGCGACUGGAGGUGGGUGUCCAGAGCCUAUACGAGGACGUAGCCAGGGACACGAAUCGAGGCCACACGGUUGCUGCCGUUGCCGAAACAUUCAAGCUCUCAAAAGACGCCGGAUUCAAGGUGGUCAGCCACAUGAUGCCGGAUCUACCGAAUGUCGGCAUGGAGCGCGACCUGUUCCAGUUCCAGGAGUACUUUGAAAAUCCCGCUUUUCGCACCGAUGGGCUGAAGAUUUAUCCCACGCUGGUGAUUCGCGGCACAGGUCUCUACGAGCUCUGGCGGACGGGUCGCUAUAAGAACUACACGCCCAAUGCGCUCGUAGAUCUCGUGGCCCGUAUUCUCGCUCUGGUGCCCCCCUGGACCCGGAUCUACCGAGUCCAGCGUGAUAUUCCCAUGCCGCUAGUGACUUCGGGCGUGGAGAACGGGAACUUGCGUGAACUUGCCCUGGCCCGUAUGAAAGACUUCGGAACCACGUGCCGAGACGUCCGUACCCGUGAAGUUGGCAUCAAUGAAGUCAAGAACAAGAUCCGUCCCUCCCAGGUCGAGCUUAUCCGUCGCGACUACGCCGCCAAUGGUGGAUGGGAGACCUUCCUUGCAUAUGAAGACCCCAAGCAGGACAUCCUUAUCGGCUUGCUGCGUUUGCGGAAGUGUAGUGCCACACACACCUUCCGCCCCGAGUUCACCGGUCAGCAAACCAGUAUCGUGCGAGAGCUGCAUGUAUACGGUUCUGCCGUGCCACUACACGGCCGCGAUCCGCGUAAAUUCCAGCAUCGUGGGUUCGGCACCCUACUGAUGGAAGAGGCGGAGCGCAUUGCUCGUGAGGAGCAUGGAAGCCGGAAGAUCAGUGUCAUCUCGGGCGUCGGUGUGCGCAGCUACUACGCACGACUGGGCUACACCUUGGAUGGCCCAUACAUGUCCAAGGUGCUGGAUCCCAUUGGCGAUGACUUAUAA